AAAAGAAAAACAACAGCAUGCAUAAAUCCAUCCUUAAAUCAAAAUCAAAAGUCGUUAAAUUUUGCAAAAUCUUGGAUUGAACGCCCACCAAGCGAUUGGCGACGAAGUUAAGAGUUGCCAUUAAAAUAACCUAAACAACCCAGAAUUGUGCUUUAAAGACAUACAUUAUUGAUGCUUUAAUUCUAGUCCUAAUUUUACUUUUUCUCUAUAUAUCAGGCCAUCUAUCAUAUUAUACAUUAAAUUAGAGGCAAUUUAUUCGUAAUUGAAGAAGAUCAUAAUUUAAUUUUUCUGGGAAAGAAGUGUAGAUAGGAAUAAUGACGAAAGGGAGACUAUGGAUGUGCGGUGGAUGCUGUGGAAAUGGAGAAGUUGAACCGGGUCCGGGUCCGACUCCGACUCCGACUCCGGGUCCCGGCCCGGCCCCUGAUGUACCUACGGAUCAACCUGUAAAACUUCAAAUCCUCGAUCGUUAUGUUGUACUGGACAAUGGCAUUGUUCGAGUCACAUUGUCAAAUCCUCAAGGAAUCGUUACUGGAAUUGCUUAUAAUGGCAUCGACAAUUUGCUUGAAGUUCGAAAUGUAGAAGAUAAUAGAGGGUAUUGGGACCUUGUUUGGAAUGAUGAUACUACGCCAGGGACAUUUGACAUGAUAAAAACAACAAAAUUUCAGGUCAUUGUGCAAAAUGAUGAUCAGGUUGAAGUUUCUUUCAGUAGACAAUGGGAUCCCUCACUCAAGGGCAAGCUUGUUCCUUUGAAUAUUGAUAAAAGGUUCAUUAUGUUGCGUGGCUCAUCCGGUUUCUACACAUAUGCAAUUUAUGAGCGGAUGAAUGAUUGGCCUGGCUUUAGUAUGGGUGAGACUAGGAUCACCUUUAAGCUCAACAAGCAAUGGUUUCACUACAUGGCCCUUGCAGAUAACAGGCAACGGUUUAUGCCUUUGCCUGAUGAUAGAAUGCCCGGAAGAUGUCAAACACUUGGCUACCCCGAAGCUGUCUUGCUUACGAAUCCUAUAGAACCGAACCUCAAGGGAGAGGUUGAUGACAAAUAUCAAUAUUCAUGUGAUAACAAAGACAUUUUAGUCCAUGGUUGGAUUAGCACUGAUCAAGCUACAGGGUUUUGGCAAAUUACACCUAGCUUCGAGUAUCGUUCUGGUGGACCAGUCAAACAAAACUUGACGUCCCACGUGGGCCCUACAUCGUUAUCUGUGUUUUACAGCGGCCAUUAUGCUGGGGAUCCUCUAGUACCAAAAUUUGCCGAUGGGGAGGCAUGGAAAAGGGUGUUUGGCCCGGUUUUUAUAUACUGCAAUUCCUGUCCAAAGGAUGUUGAUUUUCAUCUGCUUUGGGAAGAUGCUAGACAACAGUUUGUAGUUGAGGCUGAUAAUUGGCCAUACAGUUUCCCAGCAUCAGAAGAUUUUCCCAAACCUCAGCAGCGUGGUACUGUCGGUGGCAGACUACUAGUUCGAGACAGAUAUGUUAGUGACGAUCUUAUACCAGCCGGUGGAGCAUAUGUUGGGUUAGCGGUACCUGGAGCACCUGGAUCAUGGCAAACCGAAAUCAAGGGUUAUCAGUUUUGGACUACAGCUGAUGAUAACGGCUAUUUUUCAAUCAAAGGCAUACGAGAAGGAGAUUAUAAUCUUUACGGUUGGGUUCCUGGAGUCGUUGCAGACUACAAAUGUGAUGCUCUCAUUACCAUAACAGCUGGAUGUGAUACACAAAUGGGUGAAUUGGUAUAUGAGCCUCCUAGAGAUGGACCAACCUUGUGGGAAAUCGGAAUUCCUGAUCGUUCUGCAGCAGAAUUCUAUGCUCCUGAUCCUAAUCCUAAUUUUGUCAAUCAAUUAUAUGUCAAUCAUCCUGACAGGUUUCGGCAAUAUGGAUUGUGGGAGAGAUACUCAGAAUUAUACCCUAAAGAAGAUUUAGUUUACACAAUUGGUGUUAGUGAUUUUCAAAAGGAUUGGUUCUAUGCUCAAGUUACUAGGAAAACAGAAAAUGGGUAUACAGGAACAACAUGGCAAAUCAAAUUCAAACUGGAUAAGGUAGACGGAAAGGGCAUCUACAAGCUGAGGUUGGCUAUUGCUUCUGCAACUCUUGCUGAAGUUCAGGUACGGUUAAACAAUCCAAAUGCAAAUCGACCCAUUUUUACAACCGGAUUAAUAGGGAGGGAUAACUCGAUAGCAAGGCACGGCAUUCAUGGCUUAUACUGGUUCUAUAGUGUAGACAUACCGGGCUCUAAUCUUGUACAUGGAGAUAAUACUCUGUUCCUGACACAACCUCGGAACCAAAGUCCCUUCCAGGGGAUAAUGUAUGAUUAUUUAAGACUUGAAGGUCCUCCUACUAGUGCUGCCAUAUAAUAAACUCUUGUGUUUUCCACUAUUAUAUUUCUAGCGGCAUAUUAGGUUGAUGAAAGAUGUAUUUUUAAUUUUUAUUAAAUGGUAUAAAGUUGUAACUGGUAUGAACAAUUAAUAAUGUGAUCAAUAAAACUUGAAUGAUUCAAGAUGCUCAAAA